UAAAUUUUAUGUCAAAAGUCAGUUUGUUUUGUUGGGAGGAACUAAAAAUGCUCUAAAUUUCAGUGGGCAUCAUGUACUGCAAGCUACGUCGCCUGGAUCUGCUGCGCAGCGGCAAAAUGUCCGACUGUGAGCUGCAUGUAUCAUACGUGGACAAAUACAAGCGCUGCUCCUGUCGUGAGUUCCGUUGUCAUAAAAUUAUUUUGGCAUCUGCCUCGGAGCAGUUUGAGCAAAUGAUAAACUCACCAGAGUUUCAGCAGGACAAAAGCGUUAUGUAUGUGAAUGAUGCUUCUCCAGAGGCAUAUGAAACCAUGUUGCUCUAUAUUUACACCUAUGAGAUCUAUAAUGCGAUAAACGUAGACAUGUGCGUGCAGCUGGUGCAUCUGGCAAACAAAUAUAAAUUGAAUGACUUUGCCGAGUGCUACAUAAACAAGCUGAUGAAUCAGCAUUGGCCCAUGGAUUUGGUAUUGGAGGUCUUUCACCUGGCCAAUGAGAGCAAUAAUCCCAAGAUGUUGAGCUUAGUAUCGGAGAAACUGGUGCCAAUUGCCACGCAAGUUCUCAACGACAAUUCCUUUCUGAAACUCAAUGUGCGUGAGCUGAAGUCACUGAUGGUAAUACUCAGAGCCGUCAAGACCAUACCUGAUAGGGAAUUGCUGUUGGCUUUAAAAAAGUAUCAGUCGUAUAAUAAUUUACGCUAUGAGAAUAUGGUUUGCUUCAGGCAAUUCGUCGAGGUUGCCAAUCUCUUUGGUGAAACACUUUUUGGCACCGAUGGCACUUUGUCUAUAGAUGGCAAGGAUACUGAUAAUGCCAGCCCCAGCAUGAGCCGCAGGCCUUCCGAAUGAUACAUACAUGGCAAAA